AUGGUCCAAAUCAGCGAGAUCAAGGGCAACAAGCGCGACAACCGGACGGCGGCCCACACGCAUAUCAAGGGCCUCGGGCUGAAAGCGGAUGGACGAGCGGAAACCCAAGCCGGCGGCUUCGUUGGCCAGGGACCUGCUCGAGAGUCCUGCGGCGUCGUCGUCGAUCUCAUUCGAGCCCAGAAGAUGGCCGGUCGGGGCGUGCUGCUGGCGGGAGGACCCGGAACGGGCAAGACGGCGCUCGCGCUCGCCAUCAGCCAAGAGUUGGGCACGAGGAUUCCCUUCUGCCCCAUCGUCGGCAGCGAAAUCUACUCGACCGAGGUGAAGAAGACGGAGAUGCUCAUGGAAAACUUUAGGAGAGCCAUCGGGCUCAAGGUUCGGGAGACCAAGGAGGUCUACGAGGGCGAGGUGACGGAGCUGACGCCCGAGGAGGCCGAGAACCCGCUGGGCGGGUACGGAAAGACCAUCAGCACGCUGCUCAUCGGGCUGAAGAGCGCCAAGGGGCAGAAGAAGCUUCGGCUGGACCCCAGCAUCUACGAGGCCAUCCAGAAGGAGCGCGUGACGGUCGGCGACGUCAUCUACAUCGAGGCCAACACGGGCGCCUGCAAGCGCGUCGGUCGAUCGGAUGCCUACGCGACCGAGUUUGACCUCGAGGCCGAGGAGUACGUGCCGAUCCCAAAGGGCGACGUGCACAAGAAGAAGGAGAUUGUGCAGGACGUGACGCUGCACGACCUCGACGUCGCCAACGCUCGGCCGCAGGGCGGUCAGGACAUCAUGAGCAUGAUGGGCCAGCUCAUGAAGCCCAAGAUGACGGAGAUUACGGAGAAGCUGCGGGCCGAGAUCAACAAGGUGGUCAGCAAGUACAUUGACCAGGGCGUCGCCGAGCUCGUGCCGGGCGUCCUCUUCAUCGACGAGGCGCACAUGCUCGACGUCGAAUGCUUCACGUACCUCAACAGGGCAUUGGAAUCGCCGAUAGCGCCAAUCGUCGUUCUCGCCUCGAACCGCGGCAUGUGCACGAUACGGGGCACCGAGGACAUCGUGGCGGCGCAUGGCAUCCCCAGCGACUUCCUCGCCCGACUCCUCAUCAUCCCCACGGCGCCCUACCAGGCGGACGAGAUCAAGAAGAUUGUGCGGAUACGGGCGACGACGGAGGGUGUCGCCGUGAGCGACGGCGCCGUCGACAAGAUUUCCGACCACGGGGUCCGCAUCAGCCUGCGGUACUGCCUGCAGUUGCUGACGCCCGCGAGCAUCCUUGCCAAGGCCAAUGGGCGUUCGCAGAUCGACGUGCAGGAUGUUGCCGAGUGCGAGGACCUGUUCCUCGACGCCAGGCGGAGCGCGGCCCUGCUCAGCAGCGAAGCUGGACGGGGCUACAUCUCGUAG